AUGCGUGUCCGAAGCCACGCCUCCCACCACAGUCUCCAUGCCCUUGGGCCCAACUCCUGUCCUAUCCUAGACCUUGAAUGCUUUUAUAUCCAGCCCCACUCCAUCAGCGACUCCCAGCGACUGUCCAUUCUAAAGGUUAGUGAUACUUUUACAAGAAAUACUUUGAUGUCACAAGAACAUUGUUCUCCUUCAAAUGCGGUCGCUGCAGACUUUCAACAAGUGCUAGGACAGUGUAUGAUGAAAUACAAUAAAAGUAAAGAUGAAAGCACUAUUUCCACAGUGAGGAGUCAAGUGAUUGAUGUGAAAAAUGUUAUGACACGAAAUAUCGAUACAAUUUUGGAACAAGAAGAAAGAUCGAGUAUCUCCCUUAAUAGAACAGAUGAUCUCCAGACAACUGCUGAAGAAUUCCAAAAAGCAAGAAAACUUCCCGGGAGGACAUGGUGGAAAUACUUCAAGGUUGUAACCAUCACCGUGGCAAUUCUCCUACCAAUCAUUAUCAUUCUUUUAAGUACAAAUGUCAUUCCAACCUGA